CGGCUGGGGGAGGGGUCCGAAGAGGUUGGCGGUUGGCGGGUAGGUCGCGAGCCGGCGCGCGGGCGAGGAGCAGGCCGGUGAGAGGGACUGAGGAGAAAGAGGAAGAUAGCGUGAGGAGCGGAACCCGGCGGCACCAUGGUGGAGAAGGAGGAGGUGGGCACCAUCAGCGAGGAGGAGGCGGCUCAGUACGACCGGCAGAUCCGCCUGUGGGGGCUGGAGGCGCAGAAACGGUUGCGGGCUUCUCGGGUGCUUCUUGUUGGAAUGAAAGGUUUGGGGGCAGAAGUUGCCAAGAAUCUCAUUUUGGCAGGUGUGAAAGGACUGACCAUGAUGGAUCAUCAGAAGGUAUCUCCAGAAGACACUAGUGCUCAAUUCUUGAUUCCUACUACUGGAUCCUCUGGCCGAAACCGGGCAGAAGCCUCUUUGGAACGAGCACAGAACCUCAAUCCCAUGGUGGACGUGAAGGUGGACACAGACAAUGUAGAAGACAAACCUGAGACUUUCUUCACUCAAUUUGAUGCUGUAUGUCUGACUUGCUGUUCCCGAGAUGUCUUGGUUAAAAUUGAUCAGAUCUGUUACAAAAAUAGCAUCAAGUUCUUUACCGGAGAUGUUUUUGGCUACCAUGGAUACAUGUUUGCUAAUCUGGGAGAGCAUGAGUUUGUGGAGGAGAAAACCAAAGUCCCCAAAGUCAACCCAGGAAUGGAAGAUGGACCUGACACUAAGAAGGCAAAGUUGGAGGCCACGGAAACAACAAUGGUCAAAAAGAAAGUGCUUUUCUGUCCAUUCAAGGAGGCUCUGGAGGUGGACUGGAGCAGUGACAAGGCCAAGGCAGCCCUCAGACGGACCACUUGCGAUUACUUUCUGCUCCAAGUGCUUCUGAAAUUCCGUACAGAUAAAGGGCGGGACCCUCAGUCAGAUACUUACGGUGAGGAUUCUGAGUUGUUGCUUCAGAUCCGAAAUGAUCUACUUGAGUCCCUGGGGGUGAAUCCUGAUGUGCUUCCUGAAGACUUUGUCAGCUGCUGCUUUUCGGAGAUGGCGCCUGUUUGUGCAGUUGUUGGCGGGGUGCUGGGACAGGAAGUUGUAAAGGCCCUGUCUCAGAGGGACCCUCCUCACAACAAUUUCUUCUUCUUCGACGGCAUUAAGGGAAACGGGAUCGUCGAGUGUCUGGGCCCAAAAUGAAAGCCAGUGUUGGGCCCCUGUCUGAUGACCCGCGGCAGCCCCCACCCCCACCCCAGAGCCCUGAAGAGAAGAGCCUUCAGCUCUGGGAUGCGGCAGGUGUGCUCCUUGUGUCACCGGCAGAUUCUGGUCAAUACAAAGGGGCUUGGAGAUUGACUGUUGGCGUCUCGGCGUGACCCCGUACCUCAUCUGUCCUCCCCGGGCAGAGGCUGCUGACCCCAGCCGGGCCCUUCCUUUGCCGGGCCCCUUGGAGCUCCUCGCCGCUCUCUCCUUCCCCACCUGAAGUCACAGCCUUGAGGUGGGGAAGGAAGGCUAGGCCAGACAGAUUUAGAAUGCCCUUGGGCGGGGCCUGGCAAGAGUGGGCACCGGGGCCUGGCGCGGGGCUUGGCGUUUCAGUUUAGAAUCCCUUUGGCGGAGAAGCCCUUUGGAAUUAGGGCUUAUUCCUGGUUGUGCUUAAGCCAAGUCACCCACUGACUAGGGCAUCACUCUACUUGGCUUCCCCAGGGGAUUGUGGCCCUUUAAUCAUUGUGACUGACUAACAAUCGAAGGCAUUUUAAGGGAAAUCUUUGCAUUUAAAAAAAUCGCCCAAAAUACCAGCCGAGCCCAGCGCCUGCUCCCGAAGGCCUGUCAGGAAAGCUAGCAGCGGUGGCGUUCACAGAGCCUCUUCAGACGGGUUUCUUGCAUUUUUAUAGAGUUGGGGGGAGGGGGGCGGCAGUGUUUUGUUUUUUAAUGAUAUGUUGUUCUUUUGGUCAUCCUAGAAUGGCAGCUGUUGUGUUUCACGUGUUUUCUAUAUUUUCCUGGAUUCCAAAAAAACAUAAUAAAAUAAAGUUGGUUGCUUGUG